ACCAAAAGGAAAAGUUUGUGUGACUGGAGCUUCAGGCUUCUUAGCUUCUUGGGCUUCUUAGCUUCUUGGCUUGUUAAGAGGCUUCUCCUUGAGGGAUAUGAAGUUAUCGGAACAGUCAGAGAUCCAGGAAAUGAGAAGAAGCUUGCGCACCUUCGGAAGUUGGAAGGGGCAAAGGAGAGACUAAGGUUGGUGAAGGCAGAUCUAAUGGAAGAUGGAAGUUUUGAUAAAGCCAUAAUGGGAUGCCAAGGAGUUUUCCAUACUGCUUCUCCUGUUUUUAAGCCUUCCUCUAAUCCUGAGGAGGAGAUUUUGAAACCAGCUAUAGAGGGCACACUGAAUGUACUGAGAUCAUGCAUGAAGAAUCAGUCUUUGAAGCGUGUGGUCCUCACCUCUUCCUCCUCAACAGUCAGGAUCAGAGAUGAUUUUGAUCCCAAUAUCCCUCUUGACGAAUCUGUUUGGACCUCUGUUGAACUCUGCAACCGUUUUCAGGUCUGGUAUGCAUUGUCAAAAACAUUAGCGGAGCAAGCUGCAUGGAAAUUCUGUGAAGAAAAUGGUAUUGACCUCGUCACUGUUCUACCAUCCUUCCUCGUUGGACCCAGCCUGCCUCCUGAUCUGUGUUCUACAGCAUCUGAUGUCCUCGGAUUGCUGAAAGGAGAAACAGAGAAGUUUCAAUGGCAUGGACAGAUGGGGUACGUUCAUAUCGAUGACGUGGCAAGCACCCACAUACUCGUUUUCGAACACGAAGCAGCCGGGGGCAGAUAUAUUUGCAGCUCUAACGUUGUCAGUCUAGAGGAACUGGUGUCCUUCCUCUCCGCACGUUACCCAUCACUCCCUAUCCCCAAGAGAUUUGAGAAGCUAAACAGGCUGCAUUACGACUUUGACACAUCGAAGAUAAAGAGCCUCGGGCUCAAGUUCAAGUCCCUUGAAGAGAUGUUCGAUGACUGCAUUGCCUCUUUUGUAGAGAAAGGCUAUUUAUCUCAUGUCGUUACAUCACAAUAAAUAUCAAUAAAAGUGUAGACAAAGCACAAGUUCCACGAACAAAGGCAGGUGCUUUGACUUUACAUCCCAAUGGACCGCAUCUUUUGGUCUCCGACGCAACUGCGCCUUAUUGAAGGCUUGGAAUGCCAAGUAGUGGUCAAGACGCUUUGCCUGUAAAACAAGAAAAAUAUAAGAAAAACAUAUGGUUCUUGGAUUCAGUUGAUAGUUAGAACA